AUGGCCGGGGUCGGCGCGGAAUUCCUGCCCCUCCUUGCGCCGACCAAAUUUCUCAAGCCGCAUGCCGCGCGCGACAUUUUCUUUGCGCACCACCUUUGGAAGACUCAACGCGAGCGCAUCGUCGCGGAGGCGCUCAUCCACACCAUGACUACCCUCAUCAAGGUGCCGUGCUCGUCGGCCAACAUCGGGCCUGGCUUUGACGUCAUCGGCCUUGCGCUGAACCUCUACCUCGAGCUCGGCGUGACGGUGACGCGCAAGGCGAGCUCGGAACAUUCACUCAACUGCAGGGUCACGUACGAGGGCGUGGGCGCAGAAGACGUGCCGCUCGUGGCCGCAGACAACCUCAUCACGCGAACCGCCGUAUACGUCCUGCGCUGCCAUGGCAUCCGCGCCUUCCCCGCCGAGACACAUGUGCACGUCAAGAACCCCAUACCGCUGGGACGCGGGCUGGGCUCCUCUGCGGCCGCCAUCGUGGGCGGCGUCUUCCUGGCCAACGAGGUCGGGCGCCUGCACCUGUCCAAGGCGCGCAUGCUGGACUACUGCUUGAUGGAGGAGCGACACCCGGACAACGUCGCCGCUGCCCUCUACGGCGGCUUCGUGGGCACCUACCUCAACGAGCUCUCGCCAGAAGACACGGAGCGCCUCGAGAUCCCGCUCAGCGAGGUCCUGCCCCAGCCAGCCGGCGGCGUCGACACGGGUCUGCAGCCGCCAGAGCCUCCGCUCAACAUCGGACACUACACCAAGUUCCAGUGGUCGCCCGCCAUCAAGUGCAUCUGCAUCAUCCCGCAGUUCGAGGUCUCCACCGCAAAGGCGCGCGCCGUGCUGCCAGAGUCGUACUCGCGGAAGGAUGCCAUCUUCAACAUGCAGCGCCUGGCCGUCCUCACCACUGCGCUCGGGCAGCCCACCCCGGACCCCGACAUGAUCUACACGGCCAUGCAGGACAAGCUGCACCAGCCGUACCGUCGUGGCCUCAUCCCCGGCCUCACCGAGAUCCUGCAGUCCGUCACCCCACAGUCACACCCCGGCCUGUUGGGCAUCUGCUUGUCCGGCGCCGGGCCGACCAUCCUGGCACUGGCCACAGACAACUUUGAUUCCAUCGCAAACCACCUGCUGGAGCAGUUCGGCAACGAGGGCAUAACGUGCGACUGGAAGCUCCUCGAGCCGGCCGAGGAAGGCACCACUGUGUCUCGACCCGCGGGCGACAAGCUCGAGACGGGCGAGGCCCUUACUUAUGCCGCGUCUGGAGUCAGCAUCGAUGCCGGCAACGAGCUCGUCAAGCGCAUCAAAGCUUCCACCAAGAGCACACGGAGACCAGGCGCAGAUGGCGAGAUUGGCGGCUUUGGCGGACUCCUAGACCUGCAGGCAGCUGGCUACACCGAGGCACCCAUCCUCGUCGGAGCCAUUGACGGCAUUGGAACCAAAGUCAAGAUCGCGUUUGAGAUGGGCAAGCACGACACUGUCGGCAUCGAUCUUGUUGCCAUGAACGUCAACGAUCUGGUUGUGCAGGGCGCGGAGCCUCUCAUGUUUUUGGACUACUAUGCGUGCAGCAAGUUGGAUGUGGAAAGUGCCGCCAAGUUUGUCGAGGGGGUAGCCAACGGCUGUCGACAAUCGGGAGCGGCGCUCGUUGGCGGCGAGACAGCAGAGAUGCCUGGCAUCUACCAGCGGGGCGAGUACGAUGCCGGCGGUGCAGCUAUUGGCGCAAUCAAGAGAGGCGUGCCCAUACUCCCGGACACAGCAUCCAUGGUGGAAGGUGACGUGCUGCUAGGUCUAGCAUCGAGCGGUGUCCAUUCGAACGGCUUCUCCCUCGUCCGCAAGAUCAUCGAGCGAACGGGUAUGUCUUUCCACGACGCAGCACCCUGGAGCGAAGGCCACACCAUCGGCACUGCUCUGCUCACGCCCACCAAGAUUUAUGUCAAGCCGCUCCUAGCCGCAACUCGACGAGGACUGAUCAAAGGCAUGUCACACAUCACUGGCGGUGGACUUGUCGAGAAUAUUCCUCGCAUGCUGCCAAAGACUCUCGCAGCAGAGCUCGAUGCAAAGACAUGGCCUGUGCCACCGGUGCUGUCGUGGUUGAAGUCGGCAGGCCGACUUGAGGAUACCGAGUUUGCCAGAACUUUCAACACUGGUUUGGGCAUGGUGCUUGUCGUCGACCACCACAAUGUACAGGCUGCGACGGAAAUCCUGCAGGAGUGGGGCGAGCAAGUAUUCACCGUAGGAAAGCUUGUCAAGAGGGUGGAUGAGGAUUGCGUUGUCCAGAACAUGGCCGUGUGGGGGUGA